AGCGGCGCUUGCGAAGAAAGUUUGUCGAAGUAAAAAACGUAGAUGCUACGCCACUGGACCAAAGUGCAGGGGAAUGGAUAAUGUGCAGAAUACGGUUUCGAAAGGGAGCAGGACCGCAGUAGUGCACGCAGCAAGUCAAGAUUGUCAAGAUGGAUGCUCGGUGCUGUCGGUGCGGAGUAUGGAUUUUGCCGCGUGAUUCGUAAACGAGAAUUGUCAUUGUUGUUCAGUGAGCAAAAAAGAAAAACGUGUGUCGGGAAGCAUUGUUGUUCAUGGUGUUCCAAGGUGUUCCAUAGUGUCUCAGUAUGCAGCGUUAAGUAAACGGAAUGCUUUCAUAUAGUGAUGAGAAAAGCACCUAAAAGCAGUGCGGUAGUAGCGGCCUUCUACAAUGGUGGAUAACAAUUGUAUUAUCGAGGGAAACGUCAAAUUUCGCGACGGCAAAAAGUGGAAAUCAAGAUGGUGUGUCAUGAGGAAGUUGUCACCAGUUGCAGAUUGUCUUCAUUUACAACUUUACGGAGAUAGCAAGGAUCGAUAUAAGCAAGGUCAAACGAAAGCUUCAUUAAGUUUGCAACAUUUUCUCGGCGUAGAGAGUGGUUUCACUCUUGACAAGGAAUCCAAUACUAUAGCUAUAAUAUGCCAAGACGUGACGGUUGUUCUGGCUUUCGACACUAGAGAACGAUUGAUACAAUGGCAAGUGAAAAUCUCGAACAACUUGGGCGAAGAUCAGCAGUUUCUGAUACUGAUCUCCACGGUUCCAUCGAAAGCAAAGCUCACAAAUGGACCAGCACAUUUACACAUUCAAGAUCGUCGUUUUUGCAUCACCGUCGGCAUACCUCCCAGAUUAGUCGGUAUUUGGGAAAUUGCGCAUCUUCGACGAUAUGGCGUGGUAGAAGGACGAUUCUGCUUCGAGGGUGGUUCGAGAUGCGGACGAGGAGAAGGUCUCCACGUGCUGAUAACGGAUCAAGGAGAAGAUAUCGUGAAGAUGCUGCAAUUAGCGGCAGAGGGGAAACUGACCAAAAAACGACCGGUUAGCAGAGAACAGAUAGCGCAGGAGAGCCCGCGUCGUCAGUUCUCUCGAUCGGAAACAAGGGCCAGCGAUUUUUUCCCCUCGGCUAUUUACUCGUCCACAUAUGAAGAGCAGUGCGACAGCUGCAAGAACGAAAGCUCCCCCUAUUGGUCGUCCACUGAGAGUAGGCAACAAACAGAGCUCGACAGGGAUUACAGUAGCAGAGACACAGUCUCCGUGUCGGAAUUGACCGAUCAGCCAGGCGAAUGGCGCAGCUGUUCUCUUACUCGUCAAGGAACAUCCGCUCUCGAGAGAUGCGCUAGCUGUAUCAGCAAGCUAGGAACUGUAUCCAAAUCGUCGACUUUAGCCACCACGACCGGAGCAAGCAGUAUAGGCAGUCCAGCAGGAACGAUGAAUAAUUUUGGUUGCCAUCUACAGCCACGUACGCUCGAUCGGUUAUCGUUAUCCUCGUACAGUAGUAGCAGCCACGACAGUGACUAUUCCAGUUCACAGCAGAUGGAAUGUCACUGCUCGCAAAAUUCAAAGAGCUCGCAACAACAAACGAGCGUUCAUCGCGUGUCGCCAAGCCCUAGCGCACUGCCACCGAGACCUCCGAAACCGUCCCAAAACACUGCCACGAAGAAGGUUAAGAAACCUCCUAUGCCCUUGCCAAACGAACAAGUCUGCGUGCACUCGCGUAGCAAGCAGCAGCUGGUUGUACGAAAUGCAACCGCUGCUGCUGGUCCUUACGAGAAUUACGACGUACCCAAAACAAUCUUGGGCCAUCAUAUGCUGUUAGAACAAAGUUCCCAACCGGAUCAGUAUUACGACACGCCAAGGAAAAUUAAAGAAUGUCUAGCACUGCCAAAAACCUAUCCUAAUUACGAUACGCCACAGGCGCCUCAAGCUGUGGUAUUACAACAAUGUGGUUGUCCGGCUAAACUCACCGUUCAAUCUCCCAGAUCCUCGGGUUGUCCCUGCCAAAACAUGAUGAGUUGGGCUGGUUUUGUAUUGCCGUACUGCAGACGUGGAGCAGGAAUUGAACCAACCGGUGUUGCCGUACAUCCCGUGAAACUUUCUGGAGAAGGUAAGAUGCCUGUUGUGAACGCAAGCGGGGAGAUCGCGAUUUACGCGACGGCGAAACGGCCGAAGAAGUCGGAGAAGUCGGAGAACGACGAAGACAAGAACAAAGACAAUUGCGAAUGCCCAGAGAAUAGAACAAACAAUUACGAGAACGUCGAGCCUGUUAUCGACACGCAACCUGAGUCUAAACAAACGAAUUACGCGAACAUAGACUUUACCCAAUCUCUCGAACACUAUGAAAACAGCAAAGAUCUUUUAGCAAAAAGUGGAAUUUCACAGGAGGAAAUUGAGAAGUUUUCCAAUCAAAUUAAGGACGAGACAUCUGAACCGCCCACAGAAGAUUCGUCCAAGAUAUGCCAGAAAUGUGGCCACGUUAAGGACCGAGAGAACGAUUACUUAGUCAUGGAUCUCGAAAAGCAAACACCAAAGAAACCGUUCUCUGGAUACCUACCGAUGCAGCCAGCGCACAAUGCUUGUUCAAAGGAGAUUUUGUCGAGAAUUUGUAGCGGUAUAAAGAGCUCGAGUAACCCUGCGUUAUCAGGUUCCGCGUUAAGCGAGGGAGGGAAAAAGAGAUCCGAUUCUGAAUUUCGCGUUCCAGGUUCGGCGAUGUUGUCUAGUCCGUACCUUAGACGCCGUUACCUGGAGGGAAAUAGCGGAACAGAAUCCAACGGGAACAUUGGUCUAUUGUUGAGAAAACGAUCUUACUCUGCGGAAUCUGCGCACUAUUUGGACGAUGAGAAUCAUACGUUCCCAUCGACGUUGACCAUUCACAAAUGUUCCAGCGAAGCGGACAAAGCUUCCCUGGUUAGAGGGGAGACUCAUUCUCCGUGCGUUAACUCAGAAGUCAAGAUAAAUCAAGAUAGCGGGCAGAUAUCGAUAACCUCACCUCAGCCGUCAUUCAUAAAAAUUCGACGCUCCUCUUCCGUUCCAUCCAAGACCGGUCACAAUAGAGACUCUUCUAGUAGCAACGACUCAGGCGUUUCUACGGGAUCUCUUAGUCACAGAACAGCGGAAUUUGUCGAGUUCGAAUUGUCAUUGACCCCAUCGACGUCGGCGAGAAAGCAAAACGUGUUGUCAGUUUAUAGGAAGAGUCCACCGCCUACGUGUUAUCACAGCAGCCUACCAAGGAAAUCCAAGUCCAGCGAUCCGCUUCGAGAGUUGUCGUUUCAAUUUCAAAAGAUUAAGAUUCCUACAAAAUCCUCUUCAGCGGAAGCCGAUAUUCCCACGUGUUUACCUAAGGCCACGAAAGGAUUCAAUAGUCCAGGGGAAGUGUCCAAUGCUCCUUAUAUCGACUCGCGAAGCACAAGCAGCGGUACAUCCGAUAUGUCCGACUACAUCGAGACACUGUCGUUGUCGUCCCACUCGUCAUCCGAUACGCCAGACAGUCUGAGACUGGGUGGCAGAGCAGUGGCAACGACGCUUCGUCCUCGCAGCGGGAAAGAGUAUUACAAGAUUGACAGAAGUAUUCUUGUUGAGCAAGGAAGAACGUUGACGACGCCAUCCGCCAAUUACGCGAAUAUUACCCCGGUGCUUGAGAAAAGCGAGUCCCCUUCGCCUGGAUACAUGAGUAGCUCUCCCUUUGAACAGCCACAACCUACUCGUGAACACUUUUUGUUUCCCGAUGAAGCUUGAACAUAGCAACACUGUUUGGCAAGAGAGCGGAAAACUUGAAGUUCCUAGGAAUUCCAAACAAAACCAGUAAGAGUAUUCAUGGUAGAAAUUAUAAUCGGGGCAUCGUGACUGUUUACACUAUACGCAGGUAUCUAGUAACUGACCAUUAACGCUCUUCGAAGCAGCACACGGUAUGAAAGGUGCAUUUCGUUAAACCGGGAAGAACGAGGAUAUCAUCUUCCAGUGGUCCAAGGUUCAAGAAUCAUAGUAAGGAAUUUAUUCAGAACGGUUAUCUUUCUGCGUUCUUUACGUCUUUUUAUGAUAAUGUCUUCUUACAAAGCGAACCCGCACAAUCAAAAAGAACCUAACAGAGGGGAGUUUUCGUAAGAGAAUCUAGGUUCUAGCGUAUAGUCGAAAUGAAGUCAAUAUACAAUUGAAAUACUUCCUACAACGACUCAAACAAUUUCUAAAAUAUGCUCAAUAAGAAACUGUAAUAGUUUGUAUAGUAAGAAUCCUGCCCUAGGAUAAAAACAAAUGUGUGCAUUGUAUACUUUAUAUGAGUAUAUCGUUUUUUGGAUAUGUUUUAUUUUAUAUGAGUAUACUUCUAUAUAGGGUAUUGUAAAGCGGUUAAACCAGAGGAUUGCAAUCAACGCAUUCUGUGUUUAUACUGAUUAACGCGAUACCAUCAAUUUACAUUCUAAAAUAUACAACAAAAAGAUAAAGCAGAUGGAGAGGAAGAAAGAAAAGAAAAUGCAAUGAAAGUAGUCAGUUGCAUAGCGUUCACAGGGUUUUCAAAUCUUUACUAGUUAUUUUCUAAAGGCUUAAGAUAACAUUUAUAUAGCCGUGAAAUGGUCUUCUUUUUAACGAGAUUUAUAUGGUGGAUAUCGUAGUCUCUGGGCAAUCAAAGAUGGCACUAUGUAUAGAUUAUAAACAAGAUUUAAAUAAGUCCUAAGGAUACGCGAACUGAUAUAAAACUCGAAUUAUUUUUAUUGAACAUUUUAAUGGUUCAUGGGCAGACAUUUUUAUUCGUAAUCAUUCUCGUCGUAAUACGUUCCCAUUUUUACACAUUCAUGUACAUUCGAUUUCAUAUGAUUUUCCUACUAGAUUUACGUAGAUCUACGCAACGAAUUAGUUCUUAGAAUCAUAAUUGCAAUAUUAUAUUUCUCUUCUCAUUUUUUAUUCGUAAUAGUAGCAAACGUACUUAAGAUAUUUUUUAUUCGUACUUAAGAUAUAUCUAUGUCGUUUCGUAUGCGCGAAGAACGUAUAUGUCUAUGGAAUUCUUUACGAAAAAAAGCGACAAAAAGAAAAAAAAAAAAGAAACGAAGAAUAUUUAUUUUUACUUCAACGGUGCAGGAUCUUUUUGAUAAUAAAAGUAUAUCGUAGACGAUUAAGCGAGGGAGCUAGUACGACGUAUCGAAGGGAAAUCGAACUAGUUAGGCCUAUUUUACGUCUGCACGGCUUCGAACUUUCUUUUGAUUGCCAUUAACAAAAAAGAAAAAGAUUGAUUAUAUAUGCGCGAGUUGUAAUUGCGAAUUUUUUCAUGGCAUACAAUUUUUCUUGCUUAUGUCGAAAUCGCGCAUGAAAAGCAAUAAAAAAGAGAAAUAAAACAUAGAUACGCGCGCAAGGUUACGCGAUUGUUAAUAGAAUCUUGCACCGAGGAUAAUCGAGUUUUGGAACGCGCUGGUCGGGCUGGUCGAUAUUGAUAUUAUGCAAUGCAGUGAUACUGAACGCAAUAAUAGAAAUGCUAGGAGUUAUAUGGCCAUUAAGAAUGAAAAGAAAGAAAAGAGAGAAAGAGAGAGAGAGAGAGAGAGAGUAAUGAAAGAAUCGAUAUCGAGUGUUUUCGCAAUUGAAAUAUAUUAAAGCGGAUUAUUCUCUGUUUCAUGUACAUGUUACGCUCCGCGGAGUGGAUAAUCAAAUCAGUAUUCAGAAUCAAAAAGAUCAACGGUAACGUGGGUUUACCAUGCGUAUUAGAGGUUCAUUGAACAAUGUAAAGUUAACCGGGAAUCAUGAUUCAACGACAAUAUAGAUUGUAUUCCCACCCCCGUCGCCCCUCUCCAACACUCAAGGAAUUGUUUUCAUCGAGUCGGAACAGAAUUUGUAAUAUACGAUAAAUUGUAAUAACUCUCUAACAUUACUACGUCCGUCGAUGAUUUUUCGAGGUUAUGUUCUGGUCUAACCUUUUUUACUUUUUUCUAUUAGAGCAAUCGCAACUAUCGCUGUAGCAAUGCCACGCUUGUCCUUUUUAUCACGCCGCGGUUUUUUGUAAGGAUCCGAAGCGAAACCAGCCACGAGCAACUAGCUCUAAAGGCUGUUUCGCACACAGAGCGAUUAUGUAUAAAGAAUUAUAUACUUACAGUUGACUUUAUAACGAAUUGUAAAAGUAUUAAAGUAGUAUUAAUCACAAGACUGAAUGAAAAAAAAAAAAAGGAAAAGAGAGAAGAAUGAAAUAAUAGUUGCUGUGUGAUUAAAUCGUAGGAAAUAUCUAAAGAAGCUAGAUUUAUAUAUCAUUUUUUGUUCACGCGUGUGGCUCCCUUCAAGCGCCAUUUUCCGAUUAACCAUUUUUAAUCAGGGAGACUCUUCUCUCCCUUUUAUUUUCUACUCUGCAUUCCGUGCAUCGAACUUGUGUCUGUGUCUUCUAUAAUAUCGUAGAUAUGGCGAGACGUAAACGCAAAAGAAAAGAAAAAUACGGAGAAACAAAAAUAAGGUUAGACACUUGUCGUGCUUGGCAAAUUUAACAGGUACCAAGCCGCUCUGCUCUGUCCAAGCUGUCCGAAUUUCAUAUGCUUAAUUACAUUACGAGAAACUCGUAUUCUCCAUACGAAUGAUUUAUAGAACACGGCACGAAGGAUGCUUGUCGAGCAAGAAUCGUACGAAUAUUAUUAAAAUGUCAAGAUUAUCCGAACGUAGAAUUAAAUCGAUCGACCUUUAUAUUUCUCUCGCGAGGGUCGUAGAAACCCGGAGGAAGUUGUUAGAACGUAACGUCGAGAAAAGGUAUAAUCUUUAAGAUACAAGCUGACAUUGUACCCCACGAUUUUCCAGUAAAUAUUGUAUAAUAUCAAAAGGAAUAAUAGAGAUGCGUGACGAGAGUGCGUCCACGGAUUUAUUACGCGACUCUAUUAUACGUUGCAUCCGAUGAUUCCCAACCGAAAAGAACGAGUUUCGAAGCGAUCGAAAAAUGAAACGUCUCGACGAGAGUGUACGGUUUAACGUGAUCGCUAUUAUCGAUUCUACGUGGCGGCGUAAGAAUUGGGAAUCGGUUCUACGAACACAUGCUAGUCAAAGUUAAGUACUAUCGUAGCGAUAAUAUAUUUUUACUGUAAAAGGGACUAUCGCGGACAGGUCGAAGGCUGAGCACGCGCUCCAUUGUACGGAAGGGGCUCAUUAUUCGAGCGACCAAAUCGCCAAUUGAAUCGUUUUUUCUUCUUUAUCAUUCCAUUUUUAGAAAAAUAUUCGAUUGCAACGUACAAAAAUCGAAUCGUAUCGUGUAAUUACAAAUGCUAACAAAUAGCUUCUAGUCAACAAAGGAUCAAUCCGAAAAGUACGAUGAACGCAGAAGAAUAAUCAACUCGAGUUUCUUGCACGUUGCCAUACAACGUGUUCGAUACACUCUGAUACGCUCUAGAAAAAACACGAUCCCUCCAGGCAUUCGAACGAGCUUGAGACGAGAUGACGAGGAAUUGCUGGAAGUCGUGAAGACGCGUGCCAGCCUUCGAGCCUCGAACAACCAUAUCUAAGAAUUUACUAACGAUAUUAUUGAUCACGAAUAGUGAGUAACGUUUUUCGAGGGUAUUAUAUAUAAUAUAUAUAAUACAUAUAUAUAUACAUACAUAUAUAUAUAUAUAUAUAUAUAUAUAUGUAUAUUAUAUAUGCUCUGUUUAUAAUUUCUGUACAUAUAAUCGGUGUGUGGCAUUAGCGUAACCAAGGUUUCUUUAUUUUGUGAUCCGAGAGAAUCGCCGCUAGAGAAGAUGAGGCACGACUUUUACUUAAUGUAUAUACGAGAUAAUAUACAGAAAGAAGAGAAUGGAACGGCUCGAGAGGAGAUUGAGAGAUAUCUAUCUAGCGUGACGAAAUGCGCUGAGAUCGUCUUCGGUAACCAUUAACGCGUUUCGAUUGAUUUUGCUCGCGCGUGACAAUGCCGCUUCGUGUAAUUGCACGUUCAACGAUGGAAUAAUUGGUUCGCGAGAAACAAAGAGAGAAAGAGAUUUAAUGGCGGGAGAACCGCGAGCGGUUCGUAUUGUCGUCGUCAGGGAUUAUUUAUGCGAUACGAGCAAUCUGAAACGCUUUACCGCGCGUACACAUAUAUACACAUGUAUACAAACAGAGACACACGUACACACAGAGAUAUUAUAGCGUACGAGCGUCAGAGACAAAACCAAAAAGGUAAGAAGAGAGACAGACAGACUGGCGAUAUUUCUUCUCUCCGUGUGAAUUUAAAUCUGUCUUUUUUUCUAAAUGUGUGUGCAAUGGUGUCGCGAUCGGUUUUCAAGGAAAGAAACCAAUCGCGAAUCAUUUGUACGUACACGCGAACACAGAUACAUAAGCAAUCCGUUCCUCGUGGUCGUCGAUGCUACCGACUCGACUCGAAAGUAUUCUCGAUUGCACGCGAUCGUAGUAAUUACAGGUAAAAAUGGGGGAAGUGCAAUCGAGGGAAACGCGCUGCGUCUUCCUACGCUCUUCGAUUCUUACUUAACGCGUCCUCGUUUCUUCUGCGAUAUCGUCGAGCCACCGAUAAAAGGAUAUUUCAGUUCGACGAACUGCUAAUGGCUGUUUGCUUCUUAAAGUACAUUCUUAAGGUACAUCCUUCUUAUAUUUCGAGUAUACGAUCUCUGGUUGGAUGAUUCAUGGUCGUACCUUCGACAGUACCAAGAAAGUUAGAAGAAGCUUGUUAUAACUCUACCGUGAUUCUCGAAUUUGUAUAUCUCGAUCUUACAUUCAAUUUUGCAAACGAACACAGAUCUUUGAUGUUUGACGAAAAUGGCUAACGUGAAAUUACGAUGGCAAAUCUUUUUUUACUUUGUUCGAACUUGAUUUUUUAACGUUGGAAAAAUACAACUCUAUUGUAAUUACGUAGAAUACGCAAUACGAACAACAAUUAUUUACGCUGUCCCGACUAAUUAGAAAAAUACUCGAUCAGCUAUCAUUCGACGAGAUUCUCAAUAAAAUAUUCAUCUUCGAUUUGUAAUCUAUCUACACGAUACUCGAUUUAAAUACGCUGCUUUCCUUCUUAAUCGUUUUGAGCAGCUUUACGCGUGCGAUCCAACCGUCUCCGUGUGCCAGGUAAAGAAAAGAAAAGACGUUAAGCGCAAGAAUGCGAGGGCUAUUUCGACGAGACCGAUAGCAUCGAGUCACGAAGUCUCCUGUACAUACUUCUGCCGCAGACAGUCUGCUGAUCAGACGGACGAUGAUCGUGUGCAAAUGAAAGAACGCUAUAGAUAUAACGAAAGAAGUAACACGUUGGUUGCACGCGAGUCAUUCCAAGCGAGCUGGUUCCGCGUAAACGAUUCGCAUGUGAUGAAUACCGUGCCAUCUUUAUUCAGCUAUUAUUUAUAACCUUAAAAUGGCACGCGUUAAGGCGAUAGAUGUGUACUUACGUGAAAGAAUCGGAAAGGGGAAUGCGUGAAUUCCACUAGACGAUAAGGGCAUACAUUGCAUGAGUACCGACAGAAGGAGAGAAAAGAAAAAUGAGCAGAUCGGAAUCCGUUUACUUUGACAAUCCGUUCUCGACAUAAAACGAAAGAAAAUAUUCAGUUCGGACUGUUCGAAUGUACUACAAAGGAUUCGAAAGAACGAUCCUCGUUUUAAGCGAAGAUAUCGUUCAGAGAAAUAGAGAAAAUUUAUAUAAAGCCAAUCGCGAGAAAUCGUCCUUCGACAGUGUGUUUAAGUUCUACUCCCCCCCCCCUCCCCUGAAAGAGUUCUACGAAUUAGAAGAGGAAAAUAUAUAGAAUGGAAAGAUGGUAUUUUACAAUUGCGGGAUGGAAGGUGUUUGUUGUCGAGAAUCUCGAGAAAAUAUUUAAUAUACAUAAAUGCCGCGUUUAUUUUCGAAAUCCUCAUUAUUAUAGCGUAAACAUCGGCGCGUUUAAAGGCGCGACGAUGAAUUCGACGGAUUAAAAGUAAAAAGAGCGAACGAAACGCUAAAGCGACGGGAGCUUACGUACCGGGCCAUAAUCACACGUUUAAAACGCAUUCCAUCGAACGGCGAAUGGAAAUUUCCGAUCGAUUUAUCUUUUUCGAAGUUUUUUAUAAUCAAGGUAAGCGGGUGCGUGUGAAUGAGCGAGGGUGAUCGAAGUAAAAAAAAAAAAGGAAAAAAAAAUUCAUUAUUACGUAUUUCGUAAGUAAAUUAUAAAAGGAACUCAUACACAGUUUGUAGCGACUCGAGUCACUGAUUUAUUAAGAAAGUAGAAGAAAUAAAGAGAUUAAAAAGAAAUUCUCCGUUUACUUCUCCUUCUCCCUGUUUCUUUUAUGGGAAACAAAUUAUCAGGCGAUAAGAUCGUUAAGAGACGGGUUGUGUAACAAAAAAAGUUCGAUUUAUUGUUCGUAACGUAUAUUAAAACAGAUGUAUAAUAUCGACAGAGCCAAUAUAAUCUACGAUCGCGUUGUUCUUUAGUCUCUUCACAUUUAACUAGAUUUUUGUUUUGUUUCUUACAGGUAUACCUCACAAAAAUACACUUCUCUCUGUUUGUAACAUUCCUUAUUCUUUACGGGAGCAGUUACGAGUAAUAAAAAUAUCGUUCGACGAAUUUCAUCGUUCAUCAUGCGCGACGUGAACGAUUCUUCGCGUUAUUUAUUUGUUUCCUCUUUGUUCUCGCGUUUAAAUAUGUAUCUUUAUUUUAUGUUACUUUAUUUUUUUGUUUGUCAUCACAGAUUACUCCUUCCCGAAAGAAACACGCAGGCCAUAGCGUUCGAUCUCUUUUUUCCCUAACAGUUUCUAACGCGAUAAAUUCAAUUGACGCACGACGUGCUUCUUUUCUUUCUUUCUUUUUCGUUCGAUAAUCACCACGCUGUUAUUCGUUUUUUAACACGGUCGACGACCGACGUUUA